AUCAACACAAUGCAUGACGUGACGCUCAUCUUCGCCCUUCGUGUUGUACAGAAGACAUUCUUAUUGCCACUACCCAUGGGCAACACCUUCUUCUAAUUACCUUCUCUACAAGGGGGAUUUCGUCAUCAGGGUUUCUGCUCUUUGUGCGUGCAUGUAUACAUAUAUAUAUCUGCCCUCACAGACACACAAAUCCGCAUUUAAGCUAAGUGUACUGGAAUACUCAGAGCAUAGAUUGGCUGUGAAACAGAUCAAGAACUCAUGUCUGCCAUGAAGAUAACCGGUGCCUUUGUGCUUCUCGCCCUGGCAGUUCUUUGCUUAGCAAAUGCUGCCAAAGAGAAUGAGAUUCCAACUCAUGUACCUAGAGAUUUUAACUUCUCUCUGGCUAUGCUGGAGUGUCUGUCCUGGAGUCAACCUCUGAAAGAAAUGACGCAUCGAGCAAUAAAAAUCCUUACUCAGCCGAGCAGAGACAAGCUGUGCGGUGGUCCAGUGGACAGUAAUAGGGAGUGGAGGACACACACAGAGCUGCUCCCAUACCAGCACAACAUCUACAGCCUCUGACACCUAAAACUACACCAGGACAUACACACUUUUCCAGGAAGAGCCUGUUUCACUCUCCACACCAAACUAUCUUGCCCAUUUUUCCAGCUGUUACAUAUAUAUAUAUAUGGGGCAAAUUAACUUAUUUUAUAGGUUUUUUUGUUAGCUGGCCCUUGCCUCUCACAAGUUGGUGGUUGAACAGUGUUUAAAUGGUAUAAGUUACAAGCCACAGAGAUUCCCUCCCGUGCUGCUGCCUCUGCUGAGUUAUGUUGUGGGAACCUGGCAGCUCUGUCAGGUUUCUGACCUGCUUUGGCAAUUGGGGCUCAGUGUGCUGCCUCAGAAAAACCUAGGGAAACUAACAUCCCAUAUUCUCUCUCUUUUUAUAAGUGGGACAGUGGGUUUAAGCCCAUAAUACACACAAAAGGGUUAUUGGCUAGUGCCUCUCUUUGCCACUGGAGACCUCCCGGUCUGUGCUGAGCCCUGGCACAGGGAUGGCCACACACACCUCCUCGCUCUUCACCCGCCUACAGACCCCAGGCAAUGAUUACUGUAAAACUAAUCUUAUCACCUGUAUAAAUUUUAUCAUCUGUAAUAAAUUCCAGGGUUUGGCUGAAGUAACACUCAUGUCCUUCACUAAGAGCUGGAAUUAAGGGGGGGAAAAAAAAUCAGGCCAUAACAAGAGAACAGCAAGGCUGAGUUCUGUUUUAAAUCCUUUCACCAGCGUAAAAUGCAGCAAGAGUUGAUACUUGUGCAAUAAAGAGGCAGAAACCCUUCACAGCCUUGAAAAUUAAUCUCACCUGAAUUUACUGAAAUAUUGCAACUGGGCAGAAAAAUAUAUGAAGACUCACCUUUCCUGUAGUUGGAAAAAGGGCUGUAUUUUUUUCCAGUGCCUGAAUUCUCAUACAGCAAAGUCCCUGAAGGUGCUCAGUGCCUGACAUGGGUAGUGUCACACACAUCUCUGUCAGAGGAAUGGGGUUUAUUUUGAGGUUUAGGCUCAGCUAGUGUAGAAGAUGGAGCCUCAUUGACUGCGUUGAUGUAGAGCACCUGACAAGUUUGUCCAAAAAUUUCAUAUAUCAUUUGUGUAGGUGAAUGGAGAAUGUGACAG